AUGGCUGCAAUGCCCGUGCAGCCGGGAGCUCCAGCCCCACCGUCACGAGGAAGAAGGCGCCGUCCGCAGCGCAGUAAAGCUGUGGACGGCGGUAAGAAUGGCACCGCCGAUGGAACAGUCGGAGCCGUGACCGAUCGAGAAGCCCGGGCCGAGGUCAACCGAGAAGAAGAAGCCGGAGCAGGAGUAGGGAUGGUUCCCGAAGAGGACGAGCUCGCGGUUGGCCACGAAGCAAAACUCGAAGUAGAAGUAGAAGCCGGGCUGGGAGGCCCGAGUCGCCCUCCACCGUAA